CUUGGCCGCGCAGUCUCGCGAGAUGAUUGUUUAGUUUAUAGGUUAAAUUUAUUUUAAAACAAAUAAAAUUAAAUAUUACAAGUAAGCAAAAAUGGAGUAAUUUAUUGUGUUUCAUUGUGUUAUUUUUUGUGUUUUAAUUGAUUGCUCAAGGAUAAUUUUGGUUCAACUACAAGUACCAGGGCGACAUAAUGUACGAGUGUUUCCUUGAGAUUGCGUUCGAAGCGGAGUUGAAGAAUAUAAACGAAGACCCCGAAUGCCUCGCUUUGGCGUUCGAACAAUGUAACGAGAAUCCGGUUACCAGGGACGCAUCAAUCAGGGAACUAAGAGAACUGAUAUAUGAGCGCGCUGAGUGCAAGCCACAUAGGACCGACGACGCGUUUUUACUCCGUUUUCUUCGAGCGAGAGAUUUCAUUGUACCACGGGCACACAAACUUUUGGUGCGUUAUUGCAAUUUCCGAGCAGAAUAUCCACAUCUUUACAAGGAUGUAGAUUUGUGGGGCCUUACCAAAGUAAAAGACGCCUACGAAGGUUCAAUGCUGGACAGACCAGACGUUGGACGUUUGUCUAUUUUUAGAUUCGGUAUGUGGGACCCAAGUGAGUUCCCAGUGGAAGAUUUAGUACGUGCAGGGAUGGCGAUGACGGAGAUUGGUAUCCGCCAGCCCAAGAUCCAGGUACUGGGGGGCACCGUGCUUGUGGACCUGGAGGGGAUCACGCUGCGACACAUCGCCACGCUCACACCAACCAUCGCCUACCAAAUGGUGUGUUUGAUGGGCGUGGCAACUCCAGGUCGUUUGCACUCGUGUCACAUCAUCAACUACAACUGGCUUCUGAACUCUUUCUUUUACAUAUUCAAGCGCUUCAUACCACAACAAGCUUGGGGUCGUAUCUUCUUCCACGGUCACGACCUGAAGUCUCUUCACCAACAUAUCGAUCCUGAAUGCUUGCCUAUAAGAUAUGGUGGUACAUGUAGGAAUCAUGUGUCAAUAGGACAAUGGUUUCAAAAGAUUAAAAAAUAUAGAGACGCUCAAUUCGAUAAGGAAAUGAAAGAUCUUGGAUAUCUUGUUAAAGAAUAAAUAACUCGUUGGAAAGAUAAACUAAAUUGUAAUUUCCGACGGCAUACAAAAAUUCUAAGACAUUGUGUAAAAUCGAUGGCUCAUAUGUAAACUGCCCCAGGUUAAAAAAAUAAUUUUUACAGGAUAACAAAUUUAAAGAGCCGGAACUGCUUUUUAUAAUCUUUAUGAAAAUUUCCAACAAAUGCAAUUGCCAUUUUAUUUAUAUUGAAGUUUUCUCAUGUGUACUUUCUCUUCAUUUUAAAACCCGCGUCCGUCGAGCGCUGCUAAUACGGCAAUUAGUCGCCAAGUACUGAGUCCAACUGCUGAAGCGGUAACUCCACCCCUUCACUGCACCCUCAACACUAUAACACAUACCCGACAUAUGAAGAUUUAAAUAUUGUUCGAUUGGACUUUAUAUGUCCAAUUUGUGCUCAUACGCCUAUUUGCCUAAAAUUUUAUUUUCGAUACAGCCAAUCUUUAAAAUCAAGAAUACGGAAAAAUAAAUCCAUUGUUAUAUUUUGAAAAUGAAAAAUGUAUUUCUGACCAUUUACAUAGGAGCCAUCGUAAUGUCGUUAGGCAAUAAUCCCACAAACGGAGUGAGCUUAGCACGAAUAAUUGUGACAAUCGCCUUCGUAUCAUCUUCAAUUAUGUCAAAAUUAGUAUGAGAUUUGUGGUGUACUUUACGCUCGACAGGGGCGCUGCUGUACAGAGUUUUAUACAAAUGUCGAUCACGAUACGAUGACGAUUGUCACAAAUAUUCGUGCUAGGCCCACUGACCAGUUAGAUUAUAAAAUGCAAUGUUACUUUUAUAUAUGACGUCAAUAAGGCUAGUGAAUAAUGAAGAAAUAAU